AUGCUGGACGAAGCCCCCGCCAGACCCCGCAAGGCCGCCACCGGAUCCGGAGCCCGUGCCCGCACCGCUGGACCAGCCGCCGGAGCCGGAGCAAAUGGUGGACUCUGGCGUUUCUAUACCGAGGACUCGACCGGCCUCAAGAUCGGGCCAGUCCCCGUUCUGGUGAUGUCCCUCGUCUUCAUCGCUUGCGUCUUCGUCCUCCACAUCUGGGGCAACGAGCGCAUUGACCAUUCGUUGGAUUGGAGCGUGAAGAAUCUUCGGCUUUUCCCAGAAAAAGACCCUCGAAACAAGGUGCCCCUCAAUUUCAUGCAAUCUUUCGUGCAAGCCUCACUUCAUCGGAAAACGGUAAAAUGGAUUGUGGAUGAGGUGAAGAUGGACAAGAUGUUGGCGCAAUUCAAUACGAAGAAAUACGGUGGUGAUGAGUAUUGGCUGGGGACGCUGCAUGGUACGCCGGAAUUGGGAAUGCCGGGCGCCGUGAAGCAGUGCAGCGCGGGGGUGAAGUUGGGACGGCCGUUGUCAAGAACAGACACCUGGAACCCAUAUUUCAUUCCGAUACGCUGCAAAAGCCACUACAUGAAGCACAGCAUUUGUGUGCUGGGCGUCGAAAACCUUUCGGAACUCCGGGAAUCCAUCCAUUACUCUGCGAACAAGGUGCAGCCGAGCUUUGACUGGGCGGUGGCGUCUUGUAUGGCCGAGCAUCUGUUCAACGCCCAGCACCACGCGCACGAGCGGUUGUCGGAGAAGCGUCGACACAAAUAUGAGCAGCUACGGAUUGUGCGCUGCCAUCAGAUGCAGAAACAUGAAAAGUCGGCGAACGGACAGGAAUUCCGGAUG